AUGUUCAGCGCUGCACUCAAGAGAUUUGCUGCUGCUGGCCUCCAUGCCAUCGCUCUGGAUCUGCCCAACAGCGGGGAGUCGUGCCGCGCCACGUCAGGAUACGCUGAUUCCACGCAAGCCACUCAGCUCCCGGACGGCGAGCUCACCAUGGUAGACGUGGCGAACCUCGUGCUCCAAGCUGCGCACGGGUUGCAUUUCGUGCCGCCAUUUGAUAUUGUGGGGCAUCAGGUGGGGGCAACAGUGGCGCUGCACAUAGCAGCGGAGCUGCCACACAUCGUGCGCCGCAUUGCCCUCUGGGGCAUACCCAUGCUUGGCUUCAUGGAGCGCGGGGACGUGCUCAGGGAGGAAAGCCCCGAUGCUGAUUACCAAGCUGACCUCUCUGCUGCCAUCGGCGCAUUCAUAACCACACGGUUCCCGGAACAGAGAGUGGAUACGGGUGUGGAUGUGCCGUGGCAGCUGAAGGUGCGCACGGUGAUUGAUAUGCUGCAGACGUAUGAGCGGCGCCCCUGGCUAUCUCGAGCCAUGGCAGUGACAGACCACGCGGACCUGCUUAAGCGGAUUGACCUGCCGGUUCUCUGCAUGGCAGGGGAGAGGGAGCUCAUGCAGAAGGCAACAAGAAAGGCCGCCCUGCUGUGCAAGAAUGGGGAGUAUGUAGAGCUGGAACCGGCGGGUCGGGAUGUGGUGGACGAAAUGCCAGAUGAGUAUUCCUGCGCUGUUCUUGAGUUCCUUUUGGCUGAUCCCACCCUCACCAGCCCCAUGGUGCGGGCCAGUUGCUCUGUGCCAGCUGGCUUGUCAGAAGUUACUGAUGUGGCAGGUAUGGGUGAUAAUCGCCAGGUGUCAGAGUCCGGAGACAAGCUUCUUUGGAAGGGGACCUUCAAGACUUCUGGGAAGAGUGGCACAAGCGUGGUGGAAUGA